UAAGUGUGUACUCAGAGCGGUCGUGUAGCGUGGAAAAUUCCGUUUCUCGUUUUUUCUUUCGACUGAAAUUCUGAAUCACAACUAUGAACUGACCUCGGAUAGCGAAACGGUUCCUUCCUUUAGACGAAUUAACUGCAAUCUCCUUUGAAUAGCGUGUCAGCGGAUAUCAGGAAGGAUGAGCAACCAGGUGGACGGCCUCACAUUCCUGCCUCAGGACUCCUCUCCUUCGUCGCGAAAGACCUCGUCCUCGUCCUCCUCCCCGUCCUCGUCUUUAUCAUCGUCCUCCUCCUCCUCCUCAUCUUCGUCAUCGUCUUCGUCACCCUCCUCCUCCGGCAGCAACAGCAAGAAGUCAUCUCCUGCCUCUCGCCGACUCCUCCGAACGCCGAAGUGUGCCAGGUGUCGGAACCACGGUGUCGUGUCGUGUCUAAAGGGCCACAAGAAGCUGUGUCGAUGGCGAGACUGCCGCUGCGCUAACUGCCUGCUGGUGGUCGAGAGGCAGAGGGUCAUGGCUGCCCAGGUGGCGCUCAGGAGACAGCAAGCCUCGGAGACCAAGGACGCCCCGCCCAUCAGCACCGCCAACAGCACGGGUCCAGUGACGACCUCAGAGCCCCCGCCCACACCCGCCCGUCAUGAGUCGCAGGCCACGGCGGCCGCCCGCGCGAAGCUCAAGUCUGCCGAGGCGCUGCUGGCCCAGAAGAGGCUCUACCAGAGGCACCUCCGCUCGCUGCAGCAGUCGGCGCUCGCCAGGGACCUCAUGACCACUACAAGUCUCUCGCCCUUCCCCUUGGCUUCCGCGCCCUCCAUGUUGCAGCAGCACCUUGCAGCAGAGAGCGCCCGAGCCAGCCGUGCAAGUGAAGACAUUGCACUUAAGCCCCGAGCGUUUGUACGCGUCUUGGUUCAUGUCCACUUAAAGGACACAAAGAAAAGAAAAAUAACGCAGUUAAAUGGUAUGCGGCAACUGCCACCGCCCGAGGAAGUAGCCACGAAAAAGGAAUAUUUUCAGAAAUUAUAA